AUGGGCACCCAGCAGGCCCGGGUGGCUCCGGUGAUCCUGCAGUGUGGCCCCUACCUCCUGCUGGCCGCGGAAAUCCCACCCGCUCUCAGCCGAAGCCCAGCCUCCAGGAAACCCCCGCGCUGCUCGGCCCACUUCCUCCAGCCAGCCACGCCGCCGGUUCCGGAUGAAGCCGUGGUCAGGCAGAGGGUCCCCCGGAGGUGCUGGAAGGUUGGCAGGCUCCGCCAUGGAAAGAAAGUCCAUGCUGUUGCCAUCAGCGGCUCGACUCACCACGUGUACACGUGUGGCCACGGCUACAUUAAGGUCUGGGAUGAGAGCGCUCUGCAUGCCUGCAACAAGGCCUCGCAGGCCCAGCUGGACUUGCAGGACCAUCAGAACUGCGUCCUCGCCUGCAAGCUGUUCCCCGACGGGCAGCGCCUCAUCACUGGGGGUCUGUCCUGGAACCUGACGCUGUGGGAUCUGGCACCCACACCCCGUGUCAGGGCACAGCUGGCCUCCACGGGCCCCAUGUGCUAUUCCCUGGCGCUCUCCUCCAAUGCCCAGAUCUGCUUGGCUUGUUUCAAAGGAUUUGUCGAGAUUUGGGAUUUGCAGAACCAAAUCUUGAUCAGGAAGCAUGAGGUGCCCGAAUAUGGGUCCCGCUGUGUGGACAUCGCAGGCAGUAAGUUCUGGACAGGAGGAGAAGACACCAGACUAUAUUCCUGGGACCUGAGGUGCUACCAGAGGUUGCAGCAGCACGAAUUACGGCCAGAGAUCCUCAGCAUUACCCAUGACCCCAGUGAGGAGUGAGUGCUAGUAGGCCUGAGGACAAGCAAUAUCAUCAUUCUCCACACGCACCGGAGGGAGAAGUUUAAGGCAGUCCUUCAUAAAUAUGUCAACCACCACAACCUCCAGUUUGCCUCCUGUGGGAGCUAUUUUGUGACCGCACUGGACGAGGCGAUCCACUGCAUAGCUGCACCUUCUCUGCAAAGGUUGUUUCAGGUAGAGGAGCCUAUGGAUGUCCUGUGUUGUGAUGUAUCUUCUGACAACCAGUAUCUGGUCACGGGCUCCGAGAACAGUGCCACGGUUUACCAGCUCUUGUACUGAAGUUUGCGUGCCGUGUUCCUGCUGGUGAAGACCCAGAGGAGGCCGGCAGGCUGAGGGGAGGGCAGCCUCCGCGGCCCCGAUAGCAUUGCCUGACCCUUGGUGGCCGGGCCUCUGUCCAUUCCCUCCCCCCAGGACACGCCUCGCCUGUGUGCGCAGGUUUUUAUGAUACGGCGUAGGGGUUUUUCCUCUGUUAGUAUUCUUACCACUGAUUUCUGGGUUUGGGUGGGGAAACUUGCCUUUAUAAUUAACAAAAUAGAAGAGCAAAAACCAAA